AUGAACGAUAGUCAACGUGAGGGUACGUCAUAUGAAAAUGUAGUAGAAAACUGGGAAGAGGCCGGUGACGAGGUCUCUGCACAAUUGGAGCAACGUGAAAAAGUAAUUUUAAAGAGGAAACAAAAAGAGGAAGAAAUGGCGAGAAUCAGGGAGGAGGAAAUUACACUGGAGCAAUUUAAUUUAGAGCAGCAACAAUCUUUACUACCGCUAGUAGAUAAAAUCACUAACAUAAAAAUUCUAAAACGACCACAGAGCUGUGAUAAAUUACAUUCUUCAUCGCAAUCUGAUUGCCAGCAGUCAGAGCAGCUCCUUCAGAAAUCGCUUGAAGAACGGCAGGCAGCUUAUUUGGAAGCAAGAGAAAGGAUAUUUGGUGAUAAAUAUAAUCCUGAUGAGAAUCCAGAUCCAGAUGACAAUAAUUGUCCAUCUGAUUCACAAACAAAUAUUUCUGUAUAUCCACGGAAUCCACCUCCUAUACCCAGACCACGGCUUUCAAUCGCUGGGAUGUCUGUUCCAUCACAUUUUCGUCCUGUUAUUCCUACAAUGCCUUUGCAACAGAAUGUGGUUGGUGUUAAGCCGCAGCAGGUAAUGUAUGAUUCAAGAAUUCCAAUUCCGAAUGCUUCAAUUUUUCCACCUAUGAAUCUAGCUGCUGCAACUCGACCAAACAAUCAACCACAACGAAAUCCAGUUCCAUAUGGAAGACCUCCAGUUCAACUUCUUUCCCAGUAUCAGCUUCUACCGAGGUUUGAUCCACCCGACUAUACGUGA